AGUGAGGCGCGUCCCCGCCGCGGAGCGUCCUUGGAAUCUUCCGUUUUACUGGCAUAAUUCUGAAUUUUCCCUCCCGGUCCGCGCUAAACCACGCUGAGGAGGCUGCGUGGCGCGGUGGGAGUAGCGGAGGAGCCUCGCUUGCCCUCAGUGCCGCGCUGCCCUCAGGGAGCGAAGCCGCGGAUUCUGCCAUGGCUGCCGCAGUAGUGUGGCGCCGCGGGGCCGCCUGGCUGAGGAGCUGCCGAGCGAACCGGGAGCUCCCCGGUGUGCCCCGGGCCAGGGGCUGUGCUGGCUCCCGGGAGGUGGUGCCGACCUGCGAGCGGUACGCGGUGCGCAGGCUGCCCUUUGCUCGGCUGGCCGAUGGCGAUGUGGCGUUCUUCGAGCGCCUCAUGCCCGGCAGGGUCAUCACCGGAGAGGAGGAGGUGAAGCCAUUUAAUGUGGACUGGCUGAAGUCAGUGCGAGGCUGCAGCCAGCUGGUGUUGAAGCCCCAGACAACGGCAGAGGUGUCUCAGAUUCUCAGGUACUGCCAUGAGAGGAACCUGGCAGUGAACCCUCAGGGAGGAAACACAGGCCUUGUUGGGGGCAGCGUUCCUGUCUUUGAUGAGAUCAUUCUCUCCACUGCUCUCAUGAACCAGAUCAUCAGCUUUGACAAGGUGUCUGGAAUCCUUGUGUGCCAGGCAGGCUGUGUGCUGGAGAGUCUCAGUGAGUACCUGGAGGAGCAGGGCUUCAUCAUGCCCCUGGACCUGGGAGCCAAGGGCAGCUGCCACAUCGGGGGCAACGUGGCCACCAACGCCGGCGGCUUGCGGCUCCUGAGGUACGGCUCUCUGCGAGGGACCGUGCUGGGCCUGCAAGUGGUAAGGCGAGUACCUGGCAGCUCCCUUCUUGUGUCAUCCUCUGCUGUGCUGCUUCCUGCUCCUGUAACUGUCCAGCACACUGCCACGUUCCUCUCCAGGCUCCCACUCUUUUCCUUGGUGGGCUCUUCUGAGAAGGGCCAGCACGUCUUCAUGCGUGUAGCAUGUUAUUGCUGCUGCAGUUUCCAGCUUCCUGACUUCCAGUGCUUGCUGACAGAGGUAAAGAAGGUGCUGGCUGAUGGCUCAGCUCUGGACUGCCUGACCUCUCUGCGCAAAGAUAACACGGGCUAUGACCUCAAGCAGCUCUUCAUCGGAUCCGAGGGCACCUUGGGAGUUAUCACUGCUGUCUCCAUCCUCUGUCCUCAGAGGCCUAAGGCUGUGAAUGUGGCAUUCCUAGGGUGUCAGAGUUUUGCCAAGGUUCUGGAAACAUUCACAACCUGCAGAGCCAUGCUGGGUGAGAUCCUGUCUGCCUACGAGUUCAUGGAUGAGAAGUGCAUGGAACUGGUUGAGACACACCUCAAGCUGUCCAGCCCAGUGGCAGACAGCCCUUUUUAUGUUCUAAUUGAAACUUCGGGCUCCAACUCAACUCAUGAUGAAGAAAAAUUGCACAACUUCUUAGAGCAGGCCAUGGCUUCUGGUUUGGUCACUGAUGGAACUGUGGCAACGGACGAGAAGAAAAUAAAGGUGCUGUGGAGCCUGCGGGAGAGGAUCACCGAGGCCCUCACUCACGAGGGUUACGUGUACAAGUACGACAUCUCCCUGCCUGUGGGGAAGCUCUAUGACCUUGUCACUGACAUGAGGGCUCGGCUGGGCCAGAGUGCCAAAAACGUGGUGGGCUAUGGCCACUUGGGAGAUGGGAACUUGCACCUGAACAUCACUGCAGAGUCCUACAGCCAUUCCCUGCUGGAGGCCAUCGAGCCCUUCGUGUACGAGUGGACUGCGAGGUGCAGUGGGAGCAUCAGUGCAGAGCACGGGCUGGGCUUCAAGAAGAGACACUUCAUUCACUACAGCAAACCCCACGAGGCAGUGCUGCUCAUGCAGCAGUUCAAAGCCAUGCUGGACCCCAAAGGGAUCCUCAACCCCUACAAGACUCUGCCCUCAGCUCCUGACAGGAGCACGUGCUGAGGAGGCAGCAGAGCAGCUCCAGCUCUGCACCUGCACUUGGGCCAUAAGCACUCUGGAUCAGCAAGAACAUGGAGUGCUCCAUGUUUGAUUUUGUUAUGGGGAUGGAACAAGUAAAGGAAUGGGGUUGCUCUUGCUGAAGAACACACUGCUGGGUUUCCUACUUAGUGUGAACACUGAAACCAAGCACUGUGUGUAUGUAUGAGUAUUCCAACUCUGUCCCCUUGGGUUUGCUUUGAUUUAUCAGUGACAGCAGCCAAAGGAGGCAUUUUCUCACUUGGGCUGUGCAAGUGAAGCAUCAGAGACACAGGAGAACUUGUGGAUGUAAUUCUUCCAAGUGAAGGUGUUGCUCUUCCUCUCUUGGUUUGAACAGACAAGUGUCUGCUAAGUUAGGCAAGAGCCUCCCCUGAAAUGGAAAAUGUAAACCCCUCCCUCUGAAUUAUUAUGAUUUUGAAAUUAAGAGGCUCUCAGGCAAAAUUAUGGGAAUAGGAAUAACAGUUCUUUACUAGGAAAAUUAAAAUAAAAAUGCAAUAGUACAAACAAAACCAUUGACAGAGUCAGACCAUGCCCUGUCCCCUGUGUGUCAGGGCGGUGUCCCAGCCCCAUCCAUGGGGGCUCAGCCCUCCUGCAGUGCCAGCUGUGGCUCUGCUGCAGCAGGGAUCCUGCACAAGGGGGGAGUUUUCCUCUGCAGCUCCAGGGCUGCUGCAGAUGGGCCUGGGCUCCCUCUGGCCAUGCAGGGCAGCAGAAAGCUGCUCCUCUGGCAAUGCAGGGGGCAAAGGCUGCUGUGCUGUGCCAGGCUCAGAUUGGAUCCAGGCAGGAAUGCUUGGCUCCUCCCCUGGGCGGAGCAUCUCCCCAUGGGAUGCUGGGAUUGGAUCAGCCCUGCAGGGACACUCAGUGGCCAUGGACAGCAGAGAUCUCCUGGAGGGAGGGUUGGCUGGGGGAGAGAUAAAAUAAACUGCCCAAUGAACAGAGGAUAACUGCCCUGCCUUUAACAGAUGGUAAUUUAAUACACACCCAGCUAAACCUGAGACACUUCCUCACAUGUUUUAUCUAAUACACUUAUCCCAAAGCCCACAACAACAUCUGGCCAUGGCCUCUUUAGUGAUGCCACCUCCAGGUUGUCCAAAAUAAGCAUCACUGUUGUCCCAUGUACGGGUUUGCAGUGCUGGAAGGACUGGCCAGAGAGGAGAGGAUGCUGGAGACCCAGCUUCUGGAUUUGCUCUCACAUAGAGAUGUAAAAUUAUCCCUCCCAACCUGGCUGGAUAAUACCUGGGAUAACCUGGAGUGAUGAUCCAGAAGGAUGGGUUGGGAGCAACCUGGUCUAGUGGAAGGUGUUUCUGCCCAUAGCAGAGAAGUAGAAUGAGAUGGACUUUCAGGUCCUUUCCAACCCAAACCACUCUGUGACUGUGCUGAGAUGAGAGGCCUUGCAGAGGGCUCUGCACAGAAUUGCUGAGUCCAAGUGUGGGCUCUGCACCCAGGGGGAGCAAGGCUGAGCACGAGGCUGAGCUGGGAGAGGAGAGGCUGGGGAGCAGCCCUGGAAGGGUCUGGGGGUGCUGGGGCAGCAGCUGAGCAGGAGCCAUGGCCAGGAGGGCAGGUGGCAUCCUGGGGACACCACACAGGAGAGGGCAGGGCCUGGCUGUGCUCAGCUCUGGGCAGCCUCAGGCAGAGAGCUCCAGGGUCAGAGAUGGGGAAGGGGCUUGAGUGUGCCCAGAGGAGGAGACCCAGGCUGGGGCUGG